CAGGGCACCAUCCCGAAGAGAGAGACUGGCCAGACUAAAGGAGGACCCCAUUUCUGCUAUCUUCUCCAGCAUGCUGUACACUUUAGCAGGAGGCGGCACUUUGUGUGGCGUGGCCACCCUUGUGCUUCUCAUCGUUGCCACGGCAACAGAUUUCUGGAUGCAGUACCGGUACGCAGGCAGCGCUGCCAAUCAGGGCCUUUGGAGGUUCUGCAUCAACCACAAAUGCCACGCCCACACCAUCACUGUGGCCUUCUGGGAUGCCACCCGGGCCUUCAUGCUGCUGGCAGUGCUGAGCUGCUUUGCUGGCAUCGUUCUGGGCCUGAGCGCCUUCACUAACGGCACCAAGAACAGACGGGUGCGCACAGGCGGCCUCGCCCUGGUCCUGUCAGGGUUUCUAGUUCUCCUGGCUCUGGCCAUUUACACCGGAGUGACCAUGACUUUCUUUGGCAAACGCUUCAUGGACUGGCGCUUCUCCUGGUCCUACAUCAUAGGCUGGGUUGCUGUUGUUUUGGCUUUUGCAGCAGGUGUGUUUCUGCUCUGUGCGCACAGGCAGACCAGUGCAGAACCGGCCUCUUCCAACAACCCGGACAGCUGAACAGCACAAGCCCUAAACACAAUGCUGUACAGAAUAAACAAAUGACAGAACGCA